UCUGAACGUAAACAAUAACUUUUUGUAUAAUUUUUAUUUAUUCGAAGUACAUAUUGACAAAAAAAUAUAAUUUUAUAAAUUUUUCACUGUAGCAAUUUAUUCCUACUGAACGAAAUCUGUAUGUAUAUACGUGUUCUUGGUAUUUUAUUUUGGGCAGUGCCAGUAAUUGCAUUUUCUUUAUUUCCGAAAUCAUCGGAAAUACUGAAGUUUGGAUAAAAAUCAAAUACAUUGCGUUGUGCACUUUACUUCUCCGAAAAAAUCAUUUACUAUCGUUUAGCGGAAUACAGACCAGACUAGACUGUAUAGUGUACAGUCUCUGCUAGUGUGGAAAGGGGAGUGGUGCGCUUGCGCGUACAAGAUGCCGAGAACCUUGGCACAUUUAUAAGAUUAGCAGGAGCCAGAGUUCAGUUAACUACGGCGAAGGAUAGCCUGUCUGUUAUAGAUCAGGGAAUAGUGCACGGCGAUGGCAGCAGCUACAGAGUCAAAGCGAAUUGCGGUGGUGGGUGCCGGACCGGCAGGUCUGUGUGCCGCUAAACACUGCCGAGACGCGAGCUUUGACUGUACCGUGUUCGAGCAAUCCGGGUAUCUCGGUGGCACUUGGCGGUACACAGACUGUACACGCACUGACGAGUAUGGAGCUCCCAUCCACACGAGCAUGUACAGCAAUCUCAAAACUAAUUUGCCGAAAGAAGUUAUGAUGUUUCCCGGAAUACCAUACAAGAACGAAAAGGAUUCAUAUUUGACAUCAGAUGAAGUCUUGGAAUAUAUAAAUGAUUAUGCCGACAAAUUCCAACUUCGAAGUUUGUGCAAGUUCCAUCAUCUCGUCACGAAGAUCAGCCGGAGAGAAUCGGAAUGGGAAGUGACAGUAGAGGAUCUACAAAACAAGGCGUCUUGCACCUAUUAUUUUGAUAUUUUGUUCAUCUGUAACGGGGUAAACAAUACGCCUUUCACAGCCCACAUUGAGGGAGUGGAACACUUCAGGGGUCGUAGUAUGCACAGUCACGAGUACAGGAAGUCGGAGUCAUUUCUUGGCCAGCGGGUGCUUGUUGUAGGUGGCGGACCCUCGGGCAUGGACCUCACCGAGCAUAUAUCACGCUGUGCAGACAAGGUAUUCAUGUCACAUCACAGCAAGACUAUAAAGAACCUUCGCUUUCGAUCCAAUGUGGAGAUAAAACCCAAUGUCCGGCGUUUGUUGGAGCAUUCUGUAGAGUUCACAGAUGACUCGGUCGAGGACAUAGACACUUUGGUGUACUGCACAGGGUUCAGUAAGAACUAUAAAUUCCUGGACGAGUCAUGUGAGAUCACAGAGGACCAAGGACUCGUUUAUCCUCUGUACAAGCAUUGCAUCAACGCCAACCAUCCUUCCAUGUGUGUCUUGGGAAACCUGGUGUACAGCAUGCAGUUUCCUACUUUUGACAUACAGGUUCGCUUCUUCAUGAAAACACUAUCCAACAACAUUUUGCCAGGACAUAAAGAGAUGUUAGAGGAUAUUAAAGAGAAUAUAGAUAGGAAGUUGGUGGACGGGGCUCCGAAGAAGGCUUUAUUUCGUACCUGGGCUGACGAGGACAGGAUCUACUUCAACCAGCUGGUGGAGUUGGCAGCGAUCGAACCUAUACCGAGAGUUCUACACGAGAUCCAUGCUGACGCCACUGUUAAUCUACUUCAAAACUUUGGUCAUUUUCAAAACAAUAAGUAUGUAAUUGUUGACGAUGAGCAUUUCUUGUUCUACCCAGCUACUUCAGUUUAAACUGGAGAAAAUGCAGAUCUUGCUUAGUCUUGUCGAAUUUUGGUAUAAAUUGUGGGUUACGAGAAUUUAUAGGUAAAACAAAAAACAGAAAGAAAGUUAUAGAUGUAGUUACGUCAUCUAUAACUUCAGGUGAAUCAAUAAUGGCAAGGUAAAGGUAUGCCAGACUAUUAGAAUAUAAUUGCAUGUUAUACAAGAUAGAAUUGUUAUCAACUUUUUGAGCUAUGUUCCAAACUUCAAGAGUUAAGGUUUUUGCAAAUGUCACGUUGAAAUCAACCAAAUAUUUGUACUUAACACACAGACAAGAAAGUGAGCUAAUAGAACCUUUCGAUCUACUAUAAAUGACAACCACACUCUGUCCAUUUAAUUUUCAUCAGUAAUAUCAGCCAAAAAAUAAACCUUUUAGUUUGCAAUUGUCAUUAUAGAUUAAGCUGAAAUGUUUAAGCUUUGUACGAAAUCAAUCAAUCCAACACAUACGAUGGUAUGCAUAUUCGUCCGUUAUACAGACAUAAGUCGGAUUUCGUCAUCAGCAACUGGUGUAGGAGCCAUUGUUAAACGCUUAGCCUA